AGCGCCCUCCAUAAUAUAAUGUGAUUCAAGAUGGCAGCCUCCAGUGCGUCAACGCAAGCCGCUAGGCAAGUGUGGAAGAUGAUUGUGUCUGGUAAACGGUUCGAAAACGUCCUCAGUAAAGUAAAUAUAACAUCAGCGAGUCCCGGGCAAUGCAGCUGUGAGUUGACGGUGGCAGAGGAGCAAGCGAACCGAAGAGGUUCGCUUCAUGGAGGAUUUGUUUCCACGUUAGUCGACACACUGACUACGGUAGCUGUCCUAUCCUCACCAGCUGGGGUGCCAGGAGUCAGUGUGGAACUAAGUGUGAGCUUCUUAAAAGCAGCAAGAAUCGGAGACCAGCUGACUAUGGACGCGGAGGUCAUCAAAGCCGGUAAGAGUCUAGCAUUCUCAAAGGCAAACCUCUUCAAUGCUAACGGCGACAUCAUUGCUCAGGGGAAUCACGUCAAACAUGUCGGCAGGAAGAACACUGUCGAAGACUUCAUUGAUCUGGACGAAUAAUUUCAUCUGGAAAGGGUUAGGUGCGUAAAUUGCUUCUUAAUAAUUAUGGAGUGAUGGUGGAAGAGCGUGAUUGGGCGUGAACUUGUUGACUGGAGACCUGAGCCUUUCAAAAGAACCAACACACCCUCAAAGCUUCUGAAAUUGCCUGCGAUUGCUAAGGACUUCCUGCAUGAACAAGUGUGGUAACCAUUUCGAGAGCACCAGUGGGGGGACACAACGGAUGCGCAUUCUGGUUCGCGAGUGUACAACCUGCAGUACCAGACUAAUUUUAUUCUGAAUGUGCUUAGACCUGUAUUGUCUUCGCACAAGCGUCAGGCGCUUCAGUGAUUCAUUCAAAAGACCCUCCUAGUGAUCUCCUGAACUCUCCCUUUGUUGUCGUUGAGGGGGCACUUGUGCACGGAGUCCGUGCAGUUGAUGAUCCUACCUUUUCUGCACUCUGAUUGGCUAGUUCACACAUACAUGAGCAGGUGUACUUGUUCUACAUAACCCCCGAGGACAGACACACAAAGGGAGAACAACAGAUCCUUUCAAUCCUCGGGUGUUGGGUCUGUUGUUCAAAACGGUCCACAGUGGUAGGUUUGUGUGCUUGGUCAAUGGGAGAGUGUUAUAUCACAGGGACAAAGGAAAACACAAAGCAUUGUCCUCAGGAGUAUAGUAAAACAAGAGUGUGUGCAUACGGCAGACAGCUGGAUAAUGGGAUAGGAAGCUUUAAUGUUGGAUUGGAGACCUUACCUCAUAAAGGGCAGGUAACCCCUUCAAGAUGUCUAUACCAUCCUUGGUGUGCUGGAUGACAUUUCUUUCCGUAUAGUCUGAUUGGUUUAUUUCUGAGAUAUGCAUCUAUGCAGAAAGUGCAGUGCUCGUGUGUGUUUAUGUAAAUUAAGUUGACCGAUGCCAGAGGUCAUCAAAACAGUCACAUUAUUAUCGAUCCCUGAUUCUAUGUAAUGUAUUGAGACAGUGUUCUACUACAUCCACAUGGUAGCAGUCUUUGUUGGCUCCCGAUGAAGACAAAUUAUAGUUAUGGUGCUACUUCCUGAACAGUUGCCGGUCUUUAAUUUCCUAAUUUUUGGAUUUACAUGUAUUUGGGAGAUAAGAAUGGCAAGCUGGCCUGAAGUAUUAACCCUAACUUCCAAAAAGGCACAAUUGUGUUUGAAGUCUUAUUCCAUAGCUUCCUUUGGAAUAGAUCCUUCGUGUAUGUUUCAAUAGCAUUUUGUAUAAAUGCCAUAACUUUUACAUCUUCUAAAGGAUUAAAUAAAUUCAGUGUCGCAAAAGGUUUGUCUACGUGUACUGAACUCUUCAAAGUCUUCAGCCAACUUUAAAGACUUAAGGAGUUGGUUCCCCAUUGCUCUGAGUAUAUUAUUGACUGGAAAGACAAGGAAAAAUUUACAAGAACACCACUUCUAUGCGUUUAUAUUGUUCUCAUUUAUUUCUUUUUCAACAAAUAGAUCUUCACAUAAUCAUUCUUGAUCAACAGGUUAUUACAGGUCGGAAACUAAACAGUGUCUUUCUUCAGUAAAACUUUUUUUGCACAGAUGUUAUACAUUGUAAUUUGUAAGAUCGUUACAUCCCUGGCAUGUUGUAGUUACGGGUAUUCCAGAGCAUUGCUGUAUCCAAUUAAACCAAACCUCACUUUGGAUGUCAAAA